GCCGAUUUCCCAGCCAGGAAGCGAAUGCGGAGCAAACAUGGCGUCGGCCGUUCUUUCGCUGAGUACGCGGGCAGCAGCCCUCCUGAGUCCCACGGCACCCGCAGCUCUCGCUGUCAGAUACGCAUCCAAGAAGACAGGCGGCAGCUCUAAGAACCUUGGUGGCAAAUCACGAGGCAAACACUAUGGCAUCAAGAAAAUGGAAGGUCACUACGUUCAUGCUGGCAACAUCCUUGGGACUCAGCGUCAGUUUAGAUGGCACCCAGGCGCCCAUGUGGGGCUUGGGAAGAACAAAUGUCUCUACGCCCUGGAAGAAGGGAUAGUCCGCUACACCAAAGAGGUCUACGUGCCCAGUCCCAAAAACUCAGAGGCUGUGGAACUGGUCACCAGUCUUCCCAAGGGGGCUGUGCUCUACAAGACUUUUGUCCACGUGGUUCCUGCCAAGCCUGAGGGCACCUUCAAACUGGUGGCCAUGCUUUGAAGGCCUGCUGAGACCACUGGAUGGAGACUGGAGCCCAGGUCACAGGAGCAAGUGAGAACAGAGGUCAAGGGUCAGGGUGAGGACAAGGUCUCCACGGAAGAGGCCUGUUGGAUGGUGACUCUGCAGGAGUCUUUGUGCUGUGACUACUGGAAACUCUUUGUGGCACGAGCAUCAAUAAAGCUGGCUGGCCAGGACAGCCAAGGCUACACAGAGAAACCCUGUCUUGAAAAACCAAAAAUAAAUAAAU